AUGGAGUCGCUUGCAGCCUUUCCUGAUGGAGAGUUUAAUGCCUUUAACAGAAUGUCCGCCAUUGAUGAAUUCAACUUCACUCAACAACUUCAGUGUUUCUCGUUUCCUUUAGAGAAUGAUUGGGGAUUCAACUUUAUAAACCCCUCGGGUUUUUGUCAUUUUCCUGUUGAUGACAAUGGUGGGUUAAGCCAUAAAAUUGUCGACUGGUCUUCCCCAACAUUCCCAAGCACUGCAAUGGCAGAAAGUAACGCUAAUGUCAUUCAAGAUUCAUCUGAAAACAUGAAGAAAAGACCUCGGGUUUCGAAAGAUGCUCAAAGGGUUCCAAAGAAAGCGCAGAACUCAAAGAAUAACCGCAGGAUCAAUGUAGAUGUAGAUGAAGGAGAGAAUAGCACUAAUGGUUUGGAUGGUCUGAUCAGUUGUAGCACAACAUACAGUUCAGGAGAUGACAAUGGCGUGGCAACUUCGGAUUCCAAUGCUUCUCAACUUGUCAACUUGAAUGCAAAGACAAGAGCGAGUAGAGGGGCAGCCACUGAUCCCCAAAGCCUCUAUGCAAGGAAAAGAAGAGAGAGGAUUAACGAGAGAUUGAGAAUUUUACAAAAUCUUGUCCCCAAUGGAACCAAGGUUGAUAUCAGCACAAUGCUUGAAGAAGCUGUUCAUUAUGUGAAGUUUUUGCAGCUCCAGAUUAAGCUUUUAAGCUCUGAUGAUCUAUGGAUGUAUGCUCCUAUUGCCUACAAUGGCAUCGAUAUCGAUCUCGACAGGAUCUCCAAAUUUGUAUAA